AUCCAGGGUCUUUCUCGCCUCUCCCGCGACGCUUGCUCUGGCUUUGGCUGCAGCUCCUGGAUUGCCAAUCUUGCUUCGCAUCUCAGGGCCCAGACUGGAGAUGGCCUCGGCCACUGUGGCAGCUGCAAGGAGAGCGCUCCGCCGGGCCGUCCCGCUUCUCCGGCGCAGUUACCAGACGGAGAGGGGCGUCUAUGGCUACCGGCCUAGGAAAGCCGAGAACAGCGAACCCCGAGGCGACCGUGCACACCUCUCAGAUCCUAAUUCAGUGAGCUUGGCUGAAGUUCAGAAACAUGACCUCCCACCCCCAUACAAAAGGCCAGCUACAUCAGUUGAUCAUGGCCUUGCCAGGCUGGUGACAGCAUAUUGUGAGCAUGGCCACAAAGCUGCCCAGAUCAACCCUCUCUUCCCUGGACAAGCCUUGCUGGAUACUGUACCCGAAAUCCAAGCCCUUGUACAGACACUCCAAGGACCCUUCACCACCACAGGACUGUUGAACAUGGGCAAAGAAGAGGCUUCUCUUGAGGAAGUGUUAGCCUAUUUGAACCAUGUCUACUGUGGGUCAAUUUCUAUAGAAACCGCGCAGCUUCAGAGUCAGGAGGAGAAAGACUGGUUUGCCAGAAGGCUUGAGGAGCUGAGAAAGGACACGUUUACCACAGAAGAGCGAAAACACCUGUCAAAACUAUUGCUAGAAUCUCAGGAGUUUGACCACUUUUUGGCCACCAAGUUUGCCACAGUGAAGAGAUAUGGAGGUGAAGGGGCCGAAAGCAUGAUGGGCUUUUUUCAUGAGUUGCUGAAGUCGGCAGCCUACAGCGGUAUGACUGAUGUCAUUAUUGGGAUGCCCCACAGAGGGAGGCUGAAUUUGUUGACGGGCCUUCUGCAGUUACCUCCAGAGCUGAUGUUCCGUAAAAUGCGUGGCUUAAGCGAAUUUCCAGAAAAUGCUGCAGCCAUAGGAGAUGUCCUGUCCCAUCUGACCUCCUCGGUGGACCUGGACUUCGGUGCUCACCACCCACUGCAUGUGACCAUGCUGCCUAAUCCCUCGCACUUGGAAGCUGUGAACCCUGUGGCUGUAGGGAAGACCCGUGGCAGGCAGCAGUCUCUUGAAGACGGUGACUACUCGCCACAUAGUUCUGCUCAACCCGGGGACAAAGUCAUUUGCCUGCAGGUUCAUGGCGAUGCUUCUUUCUGCGGCCAAGGGAUUGUUCUUGAAACAUUCACGCUCUCCAACCUCCCACAUUUCAGAAUUGGUGGAAGUGUCCACCUAAUAGUCAAUAACCAGCUAGGUUACACGACUCCAGCAGAAAGAGGAAGGUCAUCCCUGUACAGCAGCGACAUUGGAAAGGUAGUAGGCUGUGCCAUCAUCCAUGUCAAUGGAGACUAUCCGGAGGAAGUGGUCCGAGCUACCCGACUUGCUUUUGAGUAUCAGCGCCAGUUCCGCAAGGACGUGAUUGUUGAUUUGUUAUGCUAUAGGCAGUGGGGUCAUAAUGAGCUUGAUGAGCCUUUCUUCACCAACCCAGCCAUGUACAAGAUCAUCAGAGCCCGAAAGAGCAUCCCUGAUACCUAUGCAGAGCAGCUCAUCGCCAGCGGACUCAUGACCCAGGAGGAGGUUGCUGACAUAAAAGCCUCCUACUAUACCAAGUUAAAUGAUCACUUGGCCAACGUGGCUCACUACAGCCCGCCUGCCACUAACCUGCGGGCCUGCUGGCAGGGCUUGGUGCAGCCGGAAGCGUGCGUCACCACCUGGAACACGGGUGUGCCUCUGGAGCUCCUGCGGUUCGUUGGCAUGAAGUCCGUGGAGGUUCCAGAGAAGCUGCAGCUGCACAGCCAGCUGCUAAAGAUGUAUGUGCAGUCAAGAAUGGAGAAGGUGACUAAUGGAACACAUUUAGACUGGGCCACAGCAGAAACCCUUGCUUUGGGUUCCUUACUUGCUGAAGGUUUCAAUGUUCGUCUGAGUGGCCAAGAUGUUGGCCGUGGGACUUUUAGUCAAAGGCACGCAAUGGUGGUUUGCCAGAACACCGACGAUGCCUACAUUCCUCUGAACCAUAUGGACCCUAAUCAGAAGGGCUUUCUAGAGGUCAGCAACAGCCCCCUGUCAGAAGAGGCUGUCCUGGGAUUUGAAUAUGGGAUGAGCAUUGAAAGCCCAAAGUUGCUGCCCCUCUGGGAAGCUCAGUUCGGCGAUUUCUUCAAUGGAGCACAGAUCAUCUUUGACACGUUCAUCUCAGGAGGAGAGGCCAAGUGGCUCCUGCAGAGUGGCAUUGUCAUCCUCUUGCCACACGGCUAUGACGGGGCGGGACCUGACCACUCAUCCUGUCGGAUAGAGCGGUUCCUACAGGAGGAGGGAAAAGGGAAGAACAGAACAUGCAAAGAACAGAUGUGUGACAGUGUAGAGGAGGGCGUGGACGGCGACACUGUGAACAUGUUUGUGGUGCACCCGACUACCCCUGCUCAGUAUUUCCACCUGCUCAGGAGACAGAUGGUCCGGAACUUCAGGAAGCCUCUCAUCGUUGCCUCUCCCAAGAUGUUACUCCGGUACCCUGCAGCUGUGUCAACUCUUCAAGAAAUGGCCCCAGGAACAACAUUCAAACCUGUCAUUGGUGAUUCAUCAGUAGAUCCUAAAAGUGUUAAAACCCUCAUAUUCUGCUGUGGCAAACAUUUUUAUGCCCUGCUGAAGCAAAGAGAAUCUUUGGGAACCAAGAAGCAUGACUUUGCCAUUAUUCGAAUAGAGGAACUCUGCCCAUUCCCACUGGACUCAUUACAACAAGAGAUGAGCAAAUACAAACACGUUAAAGAGGUCAUUUGGAGUCAGGAGGAGCCUCAGAACAUGGGUCCAUGGUGCUUUGUUUCUCCAAGGUUUGAGAAACAGCUAGCCUGCAAGCUCCGCCUGGUAAGCCGGCCGCCUCUGCCAGCACCUGCAGUCGGAAUCGGCACAGUGCACCAGCAGCAGCACGAAGCCAUCCUCACCCAGACCUUCACGUUAUAACGUGCUGAGAAGUCAGCACUGUCUUUUAAGCAAAGUGCAAUAGAAGAAAGCCUGCUUCCUCCACUCUCUCCCCUUUUCCCCUAGCUAGUGCAGAAGUCUGUCUUCCUCUGAAAUUCUGGACUGGUUUUGACAGCUGAAUCUGGAGGAAGUAGAAUAAGCAGGUGAAUUGGUUUUUAUAAGUACAUGAAACAUAUACUAGAUUUUAUCAUUGACGGUCAAUAGUAUUUGUCUGUUAUGCUUUGGUUAGAUAUGAAUAAACUGGAAAAGAAGCUCAUUAGCCAGUUGGAGUCUGACCUCACUGUAACUAAUUAUAAAGGAGCAGAGAAAGUUCUUUGGCCAGAAUGUGGGCUGUGUAUAGGCAACUCCAGCACUACCUCUUAAUUGGUUUAUUGCAUAUAACUUUCCUUAAUUUUUCUCCUUCUUAAAGUCCGAUGAACAGCAAUAUGUUUCUGUGAAAUGUCAACUCUUAGCUACUCUACAAAAUGUCCCAUCAGAUACCACUAAAACUGGACAAUUCCAGAUUCAUAUUCUUUCAGGCUUAUAUCCAAAUCUUUAAAAAUAAAUUCUGUUAAAUAUCAAUUUCUGAUUGUAUAAUCAGUCUCAUGUAGACCAGUGUGGCCUCAUACUCCCGGUAUAGCUGAGGAUGACCUUGAACUUCUAGUCUUCUUGCCUGUUGUCUCUUGAGUGUUGGAAUUACGGGGUUGUACUGGGCUUGCACAACCACGCCCAGUUAAUGCCAGUAAUGAGUACUGAACCCAGGGCUCCAGGAAUGGUAGGCAAGCACCAUACCAACUAAGCUCUAACCCUGGUCCCCAAUAAUUUUCAAAUUAUAAAGUAUUAACUGUAUUAAAAUGGACUUGUGGGUGUUUUUUUUUAACCUUUAAGUCCCCUUCCCCCCAUUAUAUUUAUUGCUUGACAUUUUCUAAUUUUUAAAAUUACUUUGGUGUUUGUCUUUUGGUUUUUGUUUUUCUAGACAAGGUUUCUCUGUGGGUAGCUUUGGCUGUUCUGGAAUCUCUGUAGACUAGGCUGGCCCCAAACUCACAGAGAUCCACCUGCCUUGGUCUCUCAAGGGCCGGGAUUAAAGGCAUGCACCACCACACCCAGCAACUUUGAUGUUUGAUAGAGGGAUUUCAGUGUUAGAUUAAUCACUUUUGUCUGUAAAAGUUGCAGGUACAAUUAUGAAUUCUGUUUUCAGCCACCUUCCAAACCGGGAACUUGGGGGUUCUUAGAGGUCACCAAGUGGCUCACUCCGUUGGGAGUUAGACCCAGUGCUGGAGGCAGAUCUAAACAGUAGCUGUGUGGCUUCGUUUGCUCUGAGGAGCAGCUACAUGUCCCAUUCUUGUUCUAUGACAGUUUUUCUAAAAGGUGAUAGGGACAUAUUAAGGGCUGGAACGCAACCAUUUUCUUGAAGGUGAUAGGGACAUAUUAAGGGCUGGAACGCAACCAUUUUCUUGAAGGUGAUAGGGACAUAUUAAGGGCUGGAACGCAACCAUUUUCUUGAAGGUGAUAGGGACAUAUGAAGGGCUGGAAUGCAACCAUUUUCUUGCCAGUUUUACCAGCAAUUGGACCAUGUCUUCCAUCAUUAAUGUAUUGGUGGUCCUGGCUACAAUAAUAGAGUCAUAAUGUACUUUUUUCUUUUUCUUUUUCUUUUUGUUUUGAUUUUGAGAUAGGUUCUUGCUAUGUAGCACUGGCUGGCCUGGAACUCUCUAUGUAGACGAGGCUGGCCUUCAACUCAGAGAACUCUCUGCCUUUGCCUUCUGAGUGCUGGGAUUAAAGUUGUAUACCACCUUGCCAGACUAUAAUUUUUUAAAAUAAUGCUUUAGUGUGCUUAUUUGACAUUUCCCUAGUAUUUGUCUUUCUUUUCUUUCUAUGGCCUCUCUGUAUUUCUCUCUCUGUCUCUUUCUCUCUGCCUCUCUUUUCCUCUCCCCCUUUUCUCUCCUUCCAUCCCUUUUUCUCUCUCUCUUCCUCCUGUGUUUACUGGCACUAUCACUGAGGCAGUACUUCAACCCUUUACCUUUCUCUUCUUUCUUUAUCUUUUAGUCCUUUCUUGUGUCAAGUCUUAUAAAUCUUGUAACUUAAAACUACUUAUUGAAAUCACUAAGCUUUCAAAGACCUGUUUAAAAGCAUAAUGUGUCUUUAUUUUCAUAUCCCUUGGUUUCUAAAAGAUUUGAAAACUCCAUAAAAUAAGGUGGAAGUUAAUAUAUUUAAAAAUACUUUUGUCUUUCUUUUUCUGACUUUCUUCCUAACACUGUGUCUCACAAGUUCACCGUUUUUUGUUACUAUUUCAUGCUUUGAAAGUGCCUCCUGCCACUUUACCUUUCUUCAUCUCAACCACAUUUUAAAUUUUGUUGCAGAAAGGGAUUUGAAGAAUUCCGAAUCAAACACACACUACUGUAUUUUAUUCCUUUUAAAACUGUGACAUUAGUUUCUCAGAUGUACUGUCCAUAAUUAUGCUUGUUUAAAGUUAAGUGAAGCACAGAGCUUCAAUUUUGUAGUUAGUAGGUUGAACUAUUAAGAACCAUGGGAAAAGUUCAGUUUUGCUUAAAAUGACUUGUUAUUGUCAGCAAAAUAAAAAUUUAUACCUUGCAAGAA